GUCCUUUCCGUUUUCGCGGUGGGAGAACCUCUGGAGGGAUUCUUGUUCCACUAAUGCCUUAUCUAACUGAAACAUUUGAUUUUCUGAGGAGAAGGCAGUUUUAUUUGAAACGUUAAUACUUCGCAUAGUCCCAUUCGAGCAGUUGAAGUGGGCGUCUCAUUAGAUACAUCUGUGAUGCUGCCUGGCCUGCUGAGUUCCUCCAGCAUUUUGUGUUUGUUGCUGGGAGCAAAGGAUGUUGGGAAUGAUUCUCAGGUGAAAUAAAGAUGUCAAGAAAACAUUCAAAGCACAAGGGAGAGAAGGAUAAAUCUCAAUCAAAUUCACGAAGGCACACCCCCAACUAUUCUGGAGAAAAAAGCAAGAUUGAGCAGAAGGCACAGUAUAGUGGAGGGAGCUCAUUACCAGGACAAUCUUCCUUAUCGCCAUGCACUGAAAAAAGAAGAAAACUGAGCCAUCUGGAGGUAGAAACUCUAAAAACAGUGAAACGGUCCCCGGAAGAUCAGGCAAAAUCUUUCUGGCCCAGAUCAGCAGAUUCAAGUGAAAAAAAUAAAUCCAAAUCAGAGAAACACAAAUAUCACACUGCUUCAUUGAAGUCAUCAUCAUCUGAUGAUAAAAACACCAGGCACAAAUUAAAACAAAAGAAGAAGCAUAAGAAGCAUUCACGAGAGGAAAGUAAGGAAAAAAAGCACCACAGUUCAUCAUCUACGAAACAUGCAGCUGAUACGUAUGUCUCGGAAGCACAGCCAAAUGAAUUACAGAGAUGUAAAAGAUGUCAAUCUUCCAAAUUUUGUAAACAUUUAUUUAAAUGCGAAGCAAAGCUAUCAUCAGCAGAAGUAGAUCCUGAGGUGCUGAAGACAAAAACAUGUGGCCCUACAUAUGAAAACUUGCAAAAUGAUUUUCAAUAUUUUGUUAACAAAACAUAUUUUUUGAAAAAAGCUGAAGAGACUUGUGAGAGUGAUAUAACUAAUCAUUCGACAAUAGAACCUACAGGGGCAGCAAGCAAACUUACUUCAUAUGAUAAAUCUAGAGAUCUUUUAAAGGAAUUUGAGAGUAAAGAACAAACAAAAAAUUCUCCGGCGUUGCAAGAUGAAUCUAAUUAUUCAGAUACAGUGCAAAAUUCUGAAGGUUCCAGAGAAGUUCUGAAAAACAUUGAAGAAUUAGGUGGUUUCAAAAAUAAAUCUCACCAUAUGAACUUGCAUGAAAAGUCUAAAAUAUCUAAAAAUGAGUUUGAUGUGUGGAAAGUAACCAAUGCACCUCUGAGACCUGUCAAAAAUACAAAUUUUAAUGAUGGUUCAAAAUUUCUUGAAUCUAGUUUUUGGGAGAAAUGUAACAAAAUAUCUAAUUCCUUGCGAGUGCUCAGAAAAAAAUCUAAAACUUUGGAACGGGUCAGAGAUGAAACCAGCACUGAAAGAACGUCUUCCCAUUUGACAAAAUUCUCAAAAAAAUCUGGUGAUGAUUUGAAACUGUCGGAGGUGAAAAAAGCCAACAUUUCAAUUGAAGAAUCAACAACCUCAGGAACAGAUAACAGAGUGUUCAAUCUCCCUAAAAGGCCAUCUAAUGAUUCUAGAAGCACCAAAUCAGUCAAUGAAGGAAAGGAAAUUUUGGAAUAUUCACCAAAACAUGAGGCUUCAAAUUCUCAGCAAUCCAGAAUCUUUCAAAGAACUGAAAUACUUACAUUUUCAUCGAAGAACUCUCAGAAUGCUGAGCAAUUGAAAAUGACAAAACCUGAAAAAAAGUUUCAAAGUUUUAAAAUUGCUAGACCCUGUGUCAUCGAUGCACUACCUCAAGCUGGGUCUAAAAAGUUAUUAACUUCAGAUGGGAAAUCUUCGGACAAUUCUACAAAAUCUACCUCUCUACUGCAGAAUCUCGUAUUGGCCCCACAACAGCUGGAUUCUCAGAUAACAAGUGAAUUUACCACUUUACUAAAUGAUGCAGAUAUGGAUACUGAUCAAAAGAUGGAAAUAACAGAAGAGCUGCAAACAGCUCGUUAUGAAAAAGUUUUGGAGGUAGAACUGGGGCAGAGCUACGGAGAAUUGACGAGUAUGGAGAUAGAUCCACCAGAGGAAGUUAAAACAUUCUUGUCCCAAUCAAUUCCCCAGCCUGAUAUUCUCCUUGUGUUGGAUACCAAUAUUUUUAUCAGUCACCUUAACUUUAUUGUGAAUUUGAGAGACCACGGAGUUUCAGGUGUUGGUUUCCCAAUCUUAGUUAUCCCAUGGGUUGUGCUCCAGGAACUGGAUUCCUUAAAGAAUGGAAAGCUAUCUGGAGGUGUCAAUCGCAAAGCUGUACCUGCUGUACAUUUUGUUUAUUCCUGCUUCAAAGGUCGGCAUCCACACGUAUGGGGCCAAUCUAUGCAGCAAGCAGCUCAAAAAUUCUGUGGAUUAAGGGAAGAAAACAAUGAUGAUCGUGUGUUGCAGUGUUGCAUGCAAUACCAGCAGCUGUAUCCUUCUACAGAUAUACUUCUUUGCAGUGAUGAUAAAAACCUUUGCAGUAAAGCUCUUGUAAGCAAUGUCAAGGCUGUGAGGAAAGAUGAUCUGUUGACUGAAUUGAGGAGCUUGAAAUCUAUCAGAGAUGACACAAGCACUCAGGAUCUUAGUAUCUUCAGUCAGCCUCAAUCAGUGAUCAAUGUGAACAAUCAAAUUGGAACUGGUAAUCAGCACUUAUCUGCAGAAGAGUCAGCUCUGGAUGUUACAGGCAUCAUCUCUGAGCUGGAGAAGUCGCUAGGCUGUGCCCUGUCAGUCAUCCUAGAAACAGAGAUGAAAAAAGCAUAUGAUGAUCUAUGGAUGGAGAUAUUGUUUGUGAAGCCUCCGUGGUCAUUAGGAAACCUAUUACAAUGUUUGAAGAAACACUGGAUGGCUGUGUUUGGACUACUAGUGAAAAGGAAUUUGCAAUCAUCUGUAGAGAUCUUAAGUGAUUAUUUCCAAGCAGAUAAGAGGCCUAAGUAUAACCGCUUCACUGUUACCUGGAUGUUGGCAGAGUCCAAAAACAUUCUGAAAGCCUUCACCUCAAUAUCAGAUUAUGGUGGUAUACUCCCCCGAUCUUUGGCUGUCCUGGAUGAAUUACUCACAAAGGUUUCUGAGGGUGAUAUGAAAAUUGAACCAAAUUCAGAGUGUUUGCAAACAUCAAAGAAGUUGUUGGAAAUGGCAGACAUUUCAGCUCAGUCACCAUUACAUCCUGAUCCAGAGAGACAUAUAACUCUGCUCCCAUUCAGCUGCAACGCCGGUGACCCAGCGUCAGAGAUGGAAAACUCUCAAGUUGUGAAAAAAAGUCAACAAACCUGGGCUACCUUUGAGAAUGUCUGGAAUAUAAUAACCAAAUACAGUUCGCUUAUUUUUGCGACCUUUAACCUUCCUUACAACUCAUUUGCUGUUGAAAUGGACAGCAAGCUGCCACUUCCCGAGGAAGCAUUUCAGAGUCUGCAGAAGUUGGUGCCUGCUGUGAAAGAACUACUGGCAGGAAUUCAAAGAAUUUUGUCUUCCGAUAGCAACGUUCAGGACUUUGAGAAACUUAUGGAGAUUCUGCACAUCUUUCUAACUAAUGAAAAGACAAGUAAUUCUGCCAUGGGAAUAUCCGCACAGGAUUUGCAUGAAUGCUUUACUCAUGAAGAUUAUAGGAAGAAGCUGACUGUUGGAUAUAGCCAACUGGCUGAGUUAACCUACAGUUUGGAGCAAUGCAAUGCAGCAGUGUGUCUUGAAGCCAGAAACAGAGGCUUAAUUUAAAAUCGCUCACUGAUUAUACACAAAUAUUUUUUCCACAAACUGGAUGUAGUUCAGUAAUUUUUUACUAAUGCUCAUCUGUUGUGAGAUCAAUAAAUUCUCUGUAUCAGAGGUAAAAAUGUAGAUGAUUUUGUUGAGGUAAAAUUUAAAUAAAGAAAACAAGUUGUACCACAUUUAAUACCAUUCAAUAAAGUUAACAAAAGAGCAUUUUCUCGAACAUUACAGUGUGGAGUGGAGAACUGAAUGUAAUUUUUGAGCAUUAUCCUGAUUUGCUUUGGUUCUGGAAAAUGUAAUUUCACAUCUAAAGAGGCCUCAGAAAAGAAAUCUGAAGGGCUUUCAACAUUGAAUUGCCAACAAAACUUCCAGGGAAUUCAAAGUUACUUAGCCAAAUUAUUCAUCCACAGAUCUCUUCCUGGUGGUAUUUGUUAUUGGGAGUUAUAUUUAGCUGUAUAUAGAAAAGAUCAAAUUUUAUUUUUAUUUUCCAUAAAUGCAAAUUAUGAUGGCUUAGUUUCAAGUAAAAAUGAACAUUCAAACUCUAGUAAUUUUCUUGUCAAUGGAUUUGCAAUACUGUGUUUUAAAUUGCUGUGUCCAAAUAUAUGACAAACUGAUGAGUUGUCUUUUUUUUCAGUCAUGGCA